CGCACGCACCGGGAGAAAUGUCAAGUUGACGUUUCUCGCCUAAAAAUGAUGUAAACCGAAGUAAAUGAAGUAAUUACCGCGUUUGCUGUUAUUUAGAUUAAUUUAAACAUGGGCCAGCAAACCAACUACAUCCUGUUCUUCAUCUGGUUAAGUUAUUUAAUAAUUACUUCGAUUUUACUAUUCACUAGAGGCUUUCUACUAUCCAGAGAGGUGCAAAACAAUAAUUCUACCUGUUUAUCACAUGAAGAUGUUCCCUGUCCGGAAGGACAAUCUUAUUUAAACAACAUUACUAACGGAAAUGAAAACCAAUGCCAUUACAAUGAGAAAAUACUUAAGAUAAUCGAUGAAAUGCCUAAUGCUGGAGGUAUUUGCUUGCCUCCAAAAGCCAGAGUGGUUUUGCUUAUUGUAGAUGCCUUAAGGUAUGAUUUUACUGUGUAUGAUAAAAAAAAUGAAAAACCGACAUUCUAUCAAAACAAGUUGCCUAUAAUACAUGAACUGAGGGAGAAAUACCCCACAUCUACAAGACUGUAUAAAUUUAUUGCUGAUCCACCCACAACAACAAUGCAGAGAUUAAAAGCAUUAACUACAGGUAGUUUACCUACAUUUAUUGAUGCUGGGUCUAAUUUUGCUACUUAUGAAAUUAAUGAAGACAAUCUUAUAGACCAGUUAAAUAGAAACAACUAUAAAACUGUAUUUAUGGGUGAUGAUACCUGGGAAGGCCUUUAUCCCAAUAGAUUUUUAAGAAACUACCCCUUCCCCUCUUUUAAUGUAUGGGAUUUGGACACUGUAGAUAUAGGGGUGACUGAAAACUUAUUCCCUGAAUUAAAAAAAUCUGAUUGGAACUUACUUAUUGGCCAUUACCUUGGCGUUGAUCAUGUUGGGCACAAACAUGGGCCAAGUCAUCCUGAAAUGAGCAGAAAGUUGGGAGAAGUUAACGAAGUUAUCGAGAGAGUAGUUAAAGAAAUUGAUAAAAAUACUAUGUUAUUUGUAAUAGGGGACCAUGGUAUGACUGUUACAGGAGAUCAUGGAGGUGAAAGCACAGAUGAGGUGACAGCUGGAAUGUUUGUUUACUCCAAGGAAACUCUUUUUAAAUUUCAAAAAGAUUCAGACAGUGUCAAACAAGUUGAUCUUGUACCCACACUUUCUGCAAUCUUGGGAAUACCAACGCCUUUUCAAAGUCUUGGAAAUAUAAUCCUAAAUUGUCUCCCAAUAACAAAUAAAACCAACCAAAUUGAGGAAUGGAAAUUUGCCAUGUUUUCCAUGUGGGCUAAUGUGCAGCAGGUUUUUGAAUACAUUAAGGUGUACAGUGAGAAAAGUGACACAUUUAAAGUUAAAAAUUUAAAGUCUUACUUUGAGAAAUACUCUGUAUUAAAUUCAAAGUUACUUACAAUCAACUCUGAAGUUAAAUUUACGGAGUUUUCUAGAGAAUUAUCCGAAUUUAUUGCCAGCCUAAGAACUAUGUGUGAGGAAGUAUGGGUACAAUUUGACUCACAUUUGAUGUCAAGAGGUCUACUUUUUUUAUUUUUAUCAAUAUUCUUUGUUUACACCAUUGUGGAUGGUAUUCCUCUAGAAAAUUUGCCUCACAUUUUCAAAAGUUCUUUUGUUUUGUUCUCUUUUGGUUCCAUGUGCAUUGCCACUAUAUUUGUUUGUGCUUUAAAAUACUUUGAGAUUAUUGAUGAGUUACUUUACAAUGUAUUCUUUAUAAAUGGAGUUGUGUCUCAGGUGAUGCUUGUGAUGCUAAUAGUACAAAACUGGGAGGUGGUCAGCGAGACCUGGCAUGCUAGAAGAAAAUUAAACAAAACAGUUAACACAAUUUGUAGAUUCAUAAUGGUUUUUAACGUUUGCGGUGUGUUUUCCAAUAGCUAUAUCAUUGAAGAAUCAUUUGUCUUGAUGUUCCUCCUGGUAACUGUUAUUUUACUGGGCACCAUAGGAAUUGGAGCGCCGACUCCAGUAGCGGAUCCAAAGAAAAAUAAGGAAAACACCUUGAUUCGUUGGUCCAAAAUAAAAUUAUUCUUCUUGGCCCUUUGUAUAGCUGGGUUAGUAAGGUGUACUUUAUAUUUCUGGAGAUGCAGAGAAGAACAACAAUGGUGUUUUGCAAUGCCUCAUGAAGUCAAUAACAUCACCUCAAAAAUGGAAACUUCCAAAGUGCAAUUCUUCAUUACUUUAGUUUGUUUGGGACUAUUUAUUUUUGUAACCAAGGUUUGGUUAAGGGAAUGCGGCAAUCUCAAUGGUUACGCUAUUAACGUUAUCAUGGCAAAAUAUUUGCCUUCAGUUUUGGUUGUGUGCAUAGCGGGUUAUUGGGGCUUAAGCAAGUACCCUCAGCAACAAAAGAAGAACACCCCAUACAUCCCGGAAAAUUUUUUGGCCUGGUCCGUCUAUGGUUUUGCUUAUUUCGGUUUAUUAACCAUUAUUUUUGAUCCUCUAUGCGUUUACAUAUUGCCCAGAAAAGAUGGAGAAAUCUAUGAGGAUAAUCUUGACACUAAAAGUAACAUAAUACCUCAGAUAUUCAAUAGGAUGAAAAAAGCUUACUCCGAAAAAAGGUCCAAGGAUGGUAUACCCAUAGUGUGUGGUUUGGGUACAGUUUACAGUGCCGUAUAUGUUAUAUGCGGAAUUUAUGUGACUUUGAUUUUCUGUCUUUUGUUGGGAGAUUUUGUAGCACCCAGUGCUGUUAUAAUGUUUUUAACAGCCGGCUUUGUGUUAAUUAUUACAUCAGUUAUAAGAAUACAACAAGCUAAUACCAUUGAAUCCCUUUUCGACAUUCCAAACAUCUCAAUCUUAGUAUGGGUCAUCCUGUCGCAAUACUUUUUCUAUGGCACUGGUCAUCAAACAGCGUUCCCCAACAUAAACUGGAACUCAGCAUUCGUAGGACUACGCAACGUUCCGAUGUUAAACUACAUACCUGCCACCCUUGUUAUUGUAAACACGUUCUGUUCCCACAUGCUAAUGGGUUUUUUGCUACCACUGGUGUUGAUUGCUCCUUUUAACGUAUUUGUCAUGAUUCCUUCGGUUGUUGGUAAAAAACACGAUCUCCAGACGGCCUCGCAACGCGGUGAAGUUUUGCUGUACGAGAGGGAUGACGUUAUGAUUACGUCUACGUUCACGUUAGCCUGCAAAUACGUUAUGUGCCAUGGUUUAAGGGUAUUUGCUUGUAUGUUGUCAGCCACAAUCCACUGCAGACAUUUGAUGGUUUGGAAAAUUUUUGCCCCAAAGCUGAUUUUUGAAUCCAUAGGAAUGAUUGUAACCAUAGCAUCAGUAUUCUUAGGUUAUUUAGUUUUGAUUAGAAUUAACAAAAAGGUGGACAAACUUGUAUCACACCUAAACAAAAUAAGUUGAUUUAUUUUAAAUUAUUUUUUAUUUUCAUUCCAAUCUAGUCGAUUCUAAACCAUUUUACCUCACUGUACAAGACUGUAAGUAUAUUGAAUAUAAUUAUAUUAAUAAUAUUGGAAUAAAUGAUCACAUUUUUUUUAUUAACUAAAAUGUUUUAAAUUGACGGGAUUUUAUAGAUUUCUAGGUAAAAUUAUUACCGUAAUUAUUACCGUAAUAAUGCUACCAUUCUAAUAUUUGUGUGAGCCCACAAGUUUUAUUAUUGAAUAAUUAUUAUUUGAGUAUUAGGUACUCCAAUAAAUAAUAUAGGUACAAUAUUUUGCGUUAACCUUUUCUCAGUAUUUUGUAUGUAAGUACCUACUGCCAUUAUUUUAUAGAUACAUACUUACCUACCUAAUUGUCUUGUUAUUUGUUAUAUUUGUGUAAUGUAUAUUAUGGAAUGUUUCCGCAUUGAAUAAAGC